GGAGAAACACAACCGCAACGGCGACAACGGCCCGCAGAGCAGACUUCCCUCUUCUCGUCGGUCGUCCCCGCCGCCCCGCCCACGGCGGACGCGCGAGCCGCCACCACGGCGCCUGUACCGCCUGCACCCCGCGGGACGCACGGGAGGACGCGAUAAGGACGUCCAAUGAGUGCGGUGGACUGGUGCGGGUACCCCCGGCUCGGCUCGCUGCCGCAUGUGACGAUGCGUGAGAAGGACUCGUCCCCGCGGAAGAUGCUACUGGCGUCCGGCGGCAGCGCCUCGCCCAAGCAGGCCUCCGUGUACCCCGUGGAGCCGCCGCCCCACCCCGCCAAGGACGCCAACGGGGCGGCGGGCGCGGACGGUGACGGUGACCCCGACGACGACAUGAUGCCCUUCGACCUGUCGCGCAACCACCGCGGCUCCGGUUCCGAGGCGUCCGUGCCGGCGCAGGCCGAGGCACCGCACAUGUCGCCCGCAGCCCGGCCGCAAGGCGACGACCUGGGCGACGAGCAGCCGCUCGACCUCCGCGUCGACCACAAGAAGGACUACCAGCGGGGGCGGCAGCUCGAGGACGAGAACCAAAACGUCAUCAUGCGAUCGCCGUCUCCCCUGUCGGUCGGCGGUAAGGAGGACCACGACGACCGCGACCUGGACGUGGAUGGCGACGAGGACGACGACGACCGCAAGUCACCGUCCAGCAGUCCAAAGAGCCCGAGGAGCGUGAGCCUCAAGAGCCCGCGGCCCACGCCCUACCCGCUCGUGUUCCCCCACCAGACGCUGCACCCCUACAUGCUGGAGGCCAUGUACCGCGAGAAGGGCCCGCGCCUCCCCAUCGGCUACCCGGAUGGCCACCCGGCCGCGUACCCAGGCGGGCCGCGGCCGUACCAGUUCCUGGGCGCGAGCCUCCUCGACCGGUCGCCGCUCCCCGGAGUGCCGCCCAGUGCGUUCCACCCCGCGCUGCAGCCGCCGCCCACGCCCCCCGCGGCGCCGACGCCCACCGCCAAGUCGUUUGCGUCGGAAGGUGCGGCUGGCGGGGGCGGGGCCGCCACCGUCGGGGGCAAGCUCAAGGACAGGUACUCGUGCAAGUUCUGCGGGAAGGUGUUCCCGCGGUCCGCCAACCUGACGCGCCAUCUGCGGACGCACACGGGCGAGCAGCCCUACAAGUGCAAGUUCUGCGAGCGCUCCUUCAGCAUCUCGUCUAACCUGCAGCGGCACGUCCGGAACAUCCACCACAAGGAGAAGCCCUUCAAGUGCCCGCUGUGCGCGCGCUGCUUCGGACAGCAGACCAACCUGGACCGCCACCUCAAGAAGCACGAGACGGACGGCCCGACCAUCCUAGACGACCGGGAGCGUCCCUCGGUGCUGCCGCCAGGGCUGUCACCCGGAGCCCCCGGGGUCGGCGACGACUCCUACUUCGAGGAGAUCCGGUCGUUCAUGGGCAAAGUUAGCGCGGACGGCAGGAUGGUGCUGCCACUCGCGCACCAAAGGACGCUCCUGCCCAUGGCAGGCUACCACCCGGCCAGCCACCUGUACCCCGCGCCGCCCAGGGCGCGGGACGCCCGGGACAGGGACACCCGGGACAGGGACACCCGGGACGCAAGGGACGGCUUGAAUGGAGCCGACCCCUCGGGGACGCCGCUGGCGCUAGUGGACAAGAAGCAGCGCGACGGCAGCACAUCGAGUAGCAAGGACAAUUUCUCAUCGAGAUCGUCGUCGGCGUCGUCCGGGUACUCGGGGCGGUCGGCGUCGCGCUCAGCGUCGCCGGGAGCCCUGGCCCAGAGAAGCUCGGCGUCGCCGCCCCCCGGGCGGGGUGGCGCGGCCCCCGCGGACUCGGACCGCGACAGCCACGGCGAGGAGAGAUCAUCGCCGCCCGACUCGCCGGCCAGCAACACCUGAUCACGCUGCCGGCCUCGCGGACGGGCCUCUGCGGCCUCUGCUCACUGCCGCAGAUCACUUUCCUUCUUUUCACUUUCGCUUGUCUCGUCGACAAGGGAAUCCAGAGCACUGCCUGAGGGGACAGCGGGCCUGGCCGGGCCUGGCCGGCAGGUUGCUGGGUGUGGCUGCCACCGCGACUGCGCCAGCCUCACCGCGCCCGCCCCACCCUGCCUCGUUGCCCCGCCCGCCUGGCAUAGGCUCGGAGGGGCUUGGCUGGACGUGUUCCCGGGGCGGGUGGUGCCAGUAGGCGGUGUGGGCGCUUGCCCCGCUCCGCACAGGCCGCCGUUCCGCUAGAGGACCUACCAGGGCCUGCCGACAAACGAAUCUUUCUGUGAUUAGCCUCGCGUAGGGUGUUAAGAUAGUGACGGCAGUGCGUGUAAUAAUGUGUGUUCAACCACGCCACUGUGCCUUCCAUGUGCAAAAAAAAUGAUCUUCAAUGUACUCGCUAGCCUCUCCCUUGCACACCGUUUUGUAUUAUGACCGAAUAAAAGAAAUGGAGUGAAACUAACGACAGCAGACGUGCGUACAUAAUAAUAAUUUGUCAAACAAAAAUUUAUACACUGUGUGAAAUUGUUUAUUUUGAUACGGUGCUAGUCAGAAGACACGAUGGAGAUGAGGUAGUUCUAGGCUGUGUCGAUUCUCUUGGCUUUCACCAGGGUUCGAACGUCUAUACCUUUCUGUUUAUGUAUGUUCGGCCUUCUUUGGUCGACUCUGGUGUUUGGUAUGCUCUCUUCUAGUACUGUCCACUUGGUCUAACUCAUUUUUGUACAUCCCCCUUUUUUACGAUUACGUUUUUAUCAGGGCAAUUGUGGCCCUACCUUCGCUUUGUUUAGAUAAUUGACUCUUUACCAUGCACAAUAAAUCGUAAUGUUAUUAUAUUUUGUAGAUAUUAUUAUUGCCUUUGAUUUUGGUAAAAAUUUUGGCAAAAUACACUAUUUUGUGAAACCAGA